CGCUUGGUGGGGCCAUACCACCGGUAGCCCACCAACGGUAUGAGGCCAUGAAUCCUUGUGGGGCCAAAAUGCUGGACCCCAAACCGUUUAUUGAUUUAAAGUAGCUUAGGAGCCUUCCCUGAUACUCCUCAUGCUUUUUUUUUACUUGGCCCACAAGGUGACAAAAAGUGGAAAUGUGGGUGUGAAGUGUGUGUGCUUUCUGAACCCCUAGAGGAUUGUUCAUGCCACUGCAGCCUGACACACACUUCCUGAAGUGUGUGUCAUAUUAGCCAAUGAGACGCCUUUAACAUCAAGCGUCAUAGUCUCGCGGGAUUUUACAGGAUUUUGAUUGUGAGCUGAAGCACUUGUCAUAACAACACAGAGCGAUGCGCUGUACUGACUGAAGAACUUUGCACAUAAGAGCCAUGAUGUCCAAAAGGAAGUCCAGGAUAAAGCCUGUCGAAGAUGCAAUGUCGUACAUUCUGUCUUCCAGAGACAAGCCAUGGUUUGCAGAAAGAUUUAUCAACAAUAUCAAAGGAAGAGGAGUGUUUGCUACCGAACCAAUUGAGCAAGGCUCUUUUGUGUUGGAGUACAGGGGUGAAUUCAUAUCAGUGGAAGAAUGCCGAUCAAGGCACUACUCAGAGACACAGAGUACAUUCCUGUAUGAAUUUUAUUGGCAGAAACGCCAGUGGUGUAUUGAUGCAUCCAAAGAAGAUGGGUCCCUUGGAAGAUUAGUGAAUGACAACCACACAUCUCCAAACUGCAUCAUGAAAAAAGUUAUAGUAAACAACAAGCCACAUUUGUGUCUGUUUGCUGUGAAGAACAUAGAAAUAGGAAGUGAACUUGAUUACAACUAUGGUGAUUCAAAAUGGCCAUGGCGUAACAAGGUGACAUACAAGCAGGCUCCUGCAGCAGAAGAAGAAGAAGAGAUGGCUGUGCUUCCUGUUAAUCUAUCUUCCCGUGAUGAUGAUGAUGAUGAUGAUGCUAGCCCAAAGGUGACAUACAAGCAGGCUCCUGCAGCAGCAGAAGAAGAGAUGGCUGUGCUUCCUGUUAAUCUAUCUUCCCACGAUGAUGAUGAUGAUGCUAGCCCAAAGGUGACAUACAAGCAGGCUCCUGCAGCAGCAGAAGAAGAGAUGGCUGUGCUUCCUGUUAAUCUAUCCUCCCGUGGUGAUGAUGAUGAUGCUAGCCCAAAGGUGACAUACAAGCAGGCUCCUGCAGCAGCAGAAGAAGAGAUGGCUGUGCUUCCUGUUAAUCUAUCCUCCCGUGGUGAUGAUGAUGAUGCUAGCCCAAAGGAAUUUACUGUCGGAGGAUCAUCCCUGGUGGAUUAUUCCGACAGUGAUGAAACCAAUGAGAAUUGUUUAAAUGACCAGCCAUUGGGUCCACACUGUGAUGAAGUUGUUCCAAAGUUGAGAAGGACAAAAAGCAUUCUGAUGAAAACAGUUCCAGAUUUUUCUGAUGAUCUCUACGAUUCAAGUGAUGACGGUACAGAGGGCCCUUCAACUCAGUCCAAGUCUGAGAUGGCUUCAUAAAGGAUGGAGACAUUACAAGAUUUUUGUCAACCUCUUAGUGAUUCAAAUGAGGGACCAUUCCGAUGUGCAAUCAGACAUUGAAGUUGUUCCAAAGCUGAGAAGGACAAAAAGCAUUCAGUUGCUAGCAUUACAGAGGCACAGGAGUCAGAAGAUGAGGACAGUAUGAUGUCACUGCCAGCCAGCACCUCUGCAGCGUCUGCCCAAAACCAGAGAAGUUCUGCAAAAACUAGAGAAGCCAGGAUGGCAGAAGCCCAGGAAUCAGAAGAUGAGGCAAGCACCGCAUCACUGCAAAAAAGCAUCCCUACAGCGUCUGCCCAAAACCAUAGGAGGAAGUUUGCAAAAAAGAGAAGUAAACAAACUGCUGUUAAAAGAAACUGGACACCAGAAGAAUGUGCUGCAGUACGACGACAUUUAAAGAAAUUCAUUGUGAUGGCGCAAGUCCCAGGGAAGGAGGACUGUCAGCGCUGCAUCACUGCAGAACCUCAAGCUCUGAAGAGCCGAGACUGGAGGGCAGUGAAAUACUUUAUUAAAAAUCGAAUAUCUUCUCUGCGAAGAAAAAUAGAGUGAAAGUGUUUCACUGAACAGGGUAAAAGAUAGGCUAGUAGGAGGAAGUUCUAUAAUAUUUGACAUAGCCCUACUGGAAGCAAAACAAAGCUCAACAAUGUUUUUAUAUUCUCUGAAGUCUCACACAUAUAAAAUAGAUUCUUGCAUUAUAACAUAAACUGAGCUCAGGUGCACCAAUGUCCCACUCAGUCUGGCUGUAUUUAUUCCUGAAAUGAUUUAGGGAAUGUGUUACAGUAGUCAUAAAUUUAACCACUUUAUGUUAAAAUAUGUUUAUAUCAUAAUCUACUUCAUAUAGCUGAGACUGAAGAGGAUCUGAAAACAUGUUUGUGCUCUGUUUUACCUCCAGUAAGGACGUCUCAAAUACUAAAGCACGUCAAAGUCUCCAAUGUUAUCAUGUUUUUGUUAUUAUGUUGUGUUUUUAUCAACACAAGGAGCUGUUUUCCUGUUACCAAAGCUCAUUGUAAUACUCAGCACUUGAUUUGCAGCAUUAACAGUUUUCUGCAUACAUGUUAUCAGUUAUUACAUUAUGAGAAAAUUAUAACAAACUAAGCAUGCAGCAAUUCUUUUUGUACUUUUUUCUCAAAAUAACAAAACUCUGGCUUACUUUAUAUUAUAACUUUUUAAUAAUGUAGCUUAUUUCAUCAGGCACAUUACGCUGUUGUAAUGUAAUGUGUUUAUUGUUUUGUAGUAUGUUCAGAUUAUAACAAUGAGCUUUUAUUACACUAAAGUAAUUACUUUAUGUGUAGUUAAUUACAUUUUUUAAGUUAAAUACACUAUGUGUAGUUGUUGUUUUAGCCAUUGCCUCCAGUCAUCAUAAGUUGGUUUAGACAGAGCUGUUUUUGUUGUUGACUUUACUCAGACCUUAGACAAUAUUUGCAUUUUAAAUGUUAAUAAUACAAACUGACAGUCACUCUGUCUUUAUCCACAAACAACACAUGCUCACUGAAGACAAAAUGUGUUGCAGAGUUCAUUUUAGGGAAUGUUUUCUGUAAAAAAAAUGACCGAUGGUAGUUCCAGAAUGAAAAAUGUUAACCUUAAAUAAGAUAAAGGGGUUCGUUUGUCAAGAAAAGUCACCAUACUUUAGAGAGUUUUCAGCGAGUGAUUGUUUUUUAAUCAUCACAUCACUGCUGUGUCUACCUAAUGUGAGGAGAGGAGAUGCAGGAUGUAAAUCUGAAUGUAAACCUCUGAUGCAGCCCUUUGUUAAUAAAAAAAAAACUAAAGAAACAA